ACGCUUUGACCUAACUAACCGAUCGCUCGCCAGUGGAUUUAAGCGAGGCCAUUCGACGGAGAAACUCAUAAAGCGCUGUGUCUGAGCUCUCGAACAAAUUCACCUCAUUUUACUCACCAACUCCUUCUGCUCAGCUCCAUUAACAUCUCUCAGGAAGGGUGAGAAAUGGCAGCAACAUCGACUACUACUCUAUCUUUUGGGUCAACUACGUCUGCUAGGCCCAAGGGUAGUUCAAUUUCACAAUCUAAGGCCUUAAAUUUGAAGUUCAACUCUAGGGUCUGCCUUGGGAGCUUCAAUGGCCUUAAGGCAGAGGCAUCUGUGAGGUGGGAAUCAGCCUCAUCAUUUUUUGGGAGGGAAAGCACUUUAGCUCUUCAACAAUCCUUCACUCCAAGGGCCCAAAAGGAAAGCCAUAGAUCACUGAACUGUGUUCAACCUCAGGCAUCAUACAAAGUGGCUGUUCUUGGGGCUGGUGGAGGCAUAGGGCAGCCACUAGCUCUUCUGAUCAAGAUGUCACCACUUGUUUCAGCUUUGCAUCUUUAUGAUAUAGCAAAUGUUAAGGGAGUUGCAGCAGAUCUUAGCCACUGCAACACUCCCUCCCAGGUGUUAGAUUUCACUGGAGCUUCUGAAUUAGCCAACUGUUUGAAAGAUGUCAACGUGGUUGUCAUACCUGCUGGUGUUCCGAGGAAGCCAGGCAUGACACGUGAUGACCUGUUCAAUAUAAACGCCAACAUUGUGAAGACCUUGGUUGAGGCUGUUGCUGAUAACUGCCCUGAUGCCUUCAUCCACAUUAUCAGUAAUCCUGUCAACUCUACAGUCCCAAUUGCUGCAGAAGUUCUGAAGCAAAAGGGAGUGUAUGAUCCCAAGAAACUAUUUGGUGUUACCACCCUUGAUGUUGUCAGAGCAAACACAUUUGUUGCUCAGAAGAAAGACCUCAGGCUCAUUGACGUAGACGUUCCUGUUGUUGGAGGCCAUGCUGGAAUUACCAUUUUGCCAUUGCUGUCAAAAACAAAGCCAUCAACCUCUUUCACUGAUGAAGAAGUUCAGGAGCUGACUGUGAGGAUCCAAAAUGCAGGGACAGAAGUUGUCGAGGCAAAGGCCGGUGCAGGCUCUGCUACACUCUCCAUGGCCUAUGCAGCAGCAAGAUUUGUUGAGUCCUCCCUCCGUGCUCUAGACGGAGACAGUGAUGUGUACGAGUGUGCUUUCGUCCAGUCCGAUCUCACAGAGCUUCCAUUCUUCGCAUCAAGAAUCAAACUAGGAAGGAAUGGCGUCGAGGCAUUGAUCCCAUCUGAUCUUCAAGGACUGACUGAGUAUGAACAACAAGCCUUGGAAGCCCUAAAGCCAGAGCUGAAGUCCAGCAUUGAGAAGGGAAUUGGUUUUGUCCAGAAACAGCCAGUGGCUGCUUAGAAUUCACUAUAGCCCUCGAGUAUCCAUGGAAUAAGAAAAAUUGCGGGAUUGCAUCAGCACUUUCAGUUUUGUAGGAGAAGACGAAGACAAACGCAUUUCUUGUGCUGGAAAUGCAGAUUGCCGAGAGAUGAUAUACUAAUGUUGUACAAUAAUUAUAUCCUCCUCAUAUAAACCUGUUUUGGCACUCUCAUAUGUGUUUCUUUUUUCUGAACUGAACUAUCAUAUAUGCUUCUUUUGAUUUUGCUCC